UCAGAAAAUAUUGGGCGUUUGCUGAUAUGGCAAUCGUGUCCUUCGGUCCCUUCGCCAUCCUCCUCUUCGCCAAUGUCGUGUUGCUGUGGAAGGUGGUGGCCUCGGUGAAGAGUGCCCGCCACACACUGGCCGCUGGUCAGUCAGGACAGGUGAGAGACCGCGAGAAGAAGACGUCCUCCAUGACGGUUACCUUGAUCACCUUGUCUGUCGCCUUCUUCGUGCUGACGGCCCCCGUGCGCAUCUUUCUCCUCACCUACGCCUUUUUCUUAUCUUUCAAGAAUAUGGCGGAUGUGGAGUAUUUGAACCUGAUUUCAGAGGCUCUCAACCUCGUGUUUGUGUUGAACAGCUCUAUCAACUUUUACCUGUAUUGUCUCAGCGGCCAGAGAUUUCGGACCGAGUUCCUUUCGCUGUUUUCUUGCAUAUCGGGGCGGAGAGAAAAGACUUCAGUUUGUAGCCAGUCGAGUGUCAAAACUCUCGACACGGAAACAGACUACAAACAGCUUAAAGGUGCUUCUCAGUGAAGUUAAACCCGCGUUUAAUUUUGAUGGAUUUUAGUUCAAAGAAAUACGGAU